AUGUUUAAGCGCACAGUGCUCUCCUGCCCAUCCCCAGCAGCACCCCCACUACAGGCCCGAGGAGCUUUCCGGAGCUUCCCACACUUCUGGGGAGAAGACUUCUUAGCCAGCUUGAUGUUUAAAAUUCAGCUGGAGCCCUUAAAACUUCGAGCGUGGACGCUGAAUGGGUUUGUAAAGUUUCGAAACAAGGAGACCAGUGCCGGUCCAGUGGCUGUGAUGGGAAAGGAUUACUACAAGAUUCUUGGGAUCCCAUCUGGAGCCAAUGAGGAUGAGAUCAAGAAAGCCUAUCGGAAGAUGGCCUUGAAGUACCAUCCAGAUAAGAACAAAGAACCCAAUGCUGAGGAGAAGUUUAAGGAGAUUGCAGAGGCCUAUGAUGUGCUGAGUGACCCUAAGAAACGGGGCCUGUAUGACCAGUAUGGGGAGGAAGGCCUGAAGACUGGCGGCGGUUCCUCAGGUGGCUCCAGCGGCUCCUUUCACUACACCUUCCAUGGAGACCCCCAUGCUACCUUUGCCUCCUUCUUUGGAGGCUCCAACCCCUUUGAUAUCUUCUUUGCCAGCAGUCGCUCAGCUCGCCCCUUCAGUGGCUUUGACCCAGAUGACAUGGAUGUGGAUGAAGAUGAUGACCCCUUUGGCGCCUUUGGUCGCUUUGGCUUCAAUGGGCUGAGUAGGGGUCCAAGGCGAGCCCCAGAACCACUAUACCCUCGGCGCAAGGUUCAGGACCCACCUGUGGUGCAUGAGUUGAGGGUGUCCCUGGAGGAAAUCUACCACGGCUCCACCAAACGCAUGAAGAUCACAAGGCGGCGCCUUAACCCUGACGGGCGCACUGUGCGCACCGAGGACAAGAUCCUGCAUAUUGUCAUCAAGCGUGGUUGGAAGGAAGGCACCAAGAUCACCUUCCCCAAAGAGGGCGAUGCCACACCGGACAACAUCCCUGCCGACAUCGUCUUUGUGCUCAAAGACAAGCCCCACGCACACUUCCGCCGAGACGGCACCAACGUGCUCUACAGUGCCCUGAUCAGCCUCAAGGAGGCGCUGUGUGGCUGCACCGUGAACAUUCCCACCAUUGAUGGCCGAGUGAUCCCUUUGCCCUGCAAUGAUGUCAUCAAGCCAGGCACCGUGAAGAGACUCCGUGGGGAGGGCCUUCCCUUCCCCAAGGUGCCCACCCAGCGGGGAGAUCUCAUUGUCGAGUUCAAAGUUCGGUUCCCAGAUAGAUUAACACCACAGACACGGCAGAUCCUUAAGCAACACCUACCUUGUUCCUAG